GGCCCCAACGGCCAACGCGUAGACGUUUCUGGAAAGCCAAAAGUCAAGCCCUAGCUCUCUUCCAAGGCCACGAAUUACGUCCUUCGAUCUCUCUCUCUCUCUCUCUCUCUCUCUCUCUCUCUCUCUCUCAUCUUGCAGGCAGUUUGGAAGUAGACCUGCAGCUGUGGGCUGUUGAGGCUGGACUUUGGUCUUUUGAGCUGUGGGUUUUCUCCGGAUAAGAUGUACUUCCGGUCAUCAUACAAACAUGCAGAUAUUGUGCUGGUUUUUAUAUCUAAAUGGAUACCAGGAGGUUCAUGCAACUGGUUGAGGAGAAGAAGAAAAGAGCUUUGGAGAAGAAAGAAGCCCCUUUGAAAUGGGAGCAGAAACUAGAAGCUGCUGCCAAGGCAAAAGCUGAUGCUGAAGCCAAAGAGAGGAAGCUGAAAUCUUCAAAGCAUAAGAGAAGAUCUGUGUCAGUUUCUGAUAAUGAUAGUGACACUGACAGCAGUGAUGGUAGAAGAAAGUCAAGUAAAAGAACUCACAAAAAGCACAAGAAGCACGCUCACUCAGAUACAAGUGACAGUGAGAAGAGGAAGGAGAAGAAAUCCAAGAGAAAGCCAAAGAGACAUUCUUCAAGCUCAAGUGAUGAAGGCAGUGAUGAAUAUGAGAGUGAUUACGAAGGAAAUAGGAAGAGGAAGAAGCGAAACCACAAAAGGCACAGACAUCAUGAUUCUAGAUCAGACUCUGGUGCUUCCAAUUCUUCCAGUGAUGAUGAUAUUGAGACAGUCAAGAGAAGUCAUUCGAAGCACCACAGGCGCCAUCAGAGGUCAGAUUCAGAUUCUUCUGGUUCUUACAGUGAUGAGGAUGAGAGAAGAAUCCGAAGGGGUCAUUCUAAGCACCACAAACGCCACCGACAGUUGAGAUCCCUUUCUCCUGAUUCUUCAAGUUAUGAGGAUGGUGAUGUUAGAAGGAAAAGGCACGCAAAACACCGUAAACGUCAUAGGCGAUCAAGAUCACCUAGUGUUGAUUCUAGGUCAGCAGACUCUGAUUCCCACUUACACGACAGAAGGAGCAGAUCUUUAGGAAAGUCAUCAGAUGAUAACCAUGACGAAGCAGGUAAACAGUUGAGGCACAAGAGAAGUGGCCACCAUUGCCAUCAUCACCACAAACAUCGUUACCAUCACUUAGAUGAGGACAGAGAUCCUGAGCCCAAUGGAAAGCACAUAGAAGAUGCUAAAGGAAAUGCAACUGAUAACAACUACAAUGAUGCCCACGAGGAUAAAAUUAGUAGGCUUAUCUUUUAAAAUGCGGGUUAGCACUUCAGUGUAUUGGUCUUGUUUACUUUGUUUCAAUUCUUGAUUGCAGAAAACUAAAUUGUGUAACGUUGCCUGAAUUUGUACCCUAACUUGUCACUUGAAUUGAGAUGCCUGUUCUUUCUUAACAUAUUCCAAUAACGAGUUGGAUUUUAUUUGAAA